UGUCUCCUCUCUGCUCUGUGUGAUUUCUGGUCUCAGGAUGGACCCUUUGGGAAGGCACCAGUGACCAUUGCAGUGAAUCUGCAUCCACAUCCUUGUAGCCACAGCUUGUAGCCAUCCUUGGUCAGACCAAAACCGGGCAAAGGCUCAACUGGACCCUGACCCAUCAUCAUCUCUGCCAUCUUAGCAAGCAGAGACCCGGAUAUCUUAUUCCCAGCUGUUCCCUGCGGGAAAUGCUGCUUUCCCAAUAUUGGAUACAUUUAGCAAAUCUAUAACUGAAGUUUAAAACAAACUUCGAAACUCAGCAGCCAGUGAAAUGCUCCAAGAGAAAAGCUUGUCAGAGAGUGAGGACGGGUUUACCACAGCCCAAACAGCUGGACAUGCAGAGGCCGCAGCUGGGUCACCUGCACUGGGAGUAGCUGGGCUUAGUGCCUCUCUGAGUAGCCCGCAGAGCCAGGACCCGGAGCAGACGAUAGAAAAUAUCAAGGUGUAUCUUCAUGAGAAGGAACUUUGGAAGAAGUUUCAUGAAGCAGGCACAGAAAUGAUAAUAACAAAAGCUGGCAGGAGAAUGUUUCCAAGCUACAAAGUUAAAGUUACUGGGAUGAACCCCAAAACCAAAUAUAUCCUCCUGAUAGACAUUGUCCCUGCUGAUGAUCAUCGGUACAAAUUCUGUGACAACAAAUGGAUGGUAGCUGGUAAAGCAGAACCUGCAAUGCCAGGGCGGUUGUAUGUUCAUCCUGACUCUCCUGCAACUGGUGCCCACUGGAUGCGACAGCUGGUAUCAUUUCAAAAGCUAAAGCUGACAAACAACCAUCUGGAUCCUUUUGGACAUAUUAUUUUAAACUCAAUGCACAAAUACCAGCCACGGUUGCAUAUCGUUAAAGCAGAUGAAAACAAUGCAUUUGGUUCCAAGAACACAGCAUUCUGCACUCACGUGUUUUCAGAGACUGCAUUCAUAUCUGUGACCUCCUAUCAAAAUCAUAAGAUAACUCAGCUAAAAAUUGAAAACAAUCCCUUUGCCAAAGGAUUUAGAGGGAGUGAUGACAGUGACCUUCGUGUGGCUCGUCUUCAGAGCAAAGAAUAUCCUGUGAUUUCAAAAAGCAUCAUGAGGCAACGGUUGGUAUCAGGUCACCCAGGUCAGCUAUCAAGCAAAUCGGACAUUAAUGCACUUCACGGGGCACAUCAAGGUCUUCAGCAUUACCAGUAUGAAAAUGGUGCGCACAUGCAGUUCGCAACCUCUGACGCUCAAGAUCUGCCCUUUACAGCACAGAGAGACUCCAGUUUGUUUUAUCACUGUUUAAAAAGAAGAGAUGGAGCACGCCAUCUUGACAUACCUUGCAAGAGAUCAUAUCUAGAUCCUUCUUCUUCUAUGGCUGAGGAUCACUAUUUCCGUUCCCCACCACCAUAUGACCAGCAAAUAUUGAGUCCUCCAUAUCGCAAUGAUGUAACACCAAGGGAAGCAUGCAUGUACUCUACUUCUGGAGCUGAAAUAACAGGAGUCUCAGGGGUUGAAGAUUUACCACCUCCACCCCCACCUCUGAGCUGUAAUAUGUGGACCUCUGUUGCACCUUAUACCAGUUACAGUGUUCAAACAAUGGAAACUGUGCCUUACCAGCCAUUUCCUACUCACUUUACCACCACCACCAUGAUGCCUCGUCUUCCUGCCAUCCCAGGCCAAGGAUCUCAGCCUCCAAGUGAAUCCCAUUUCAGUGUCUAUAAUCAGCUUUCUCAAUCUCAGGUCCGGGAAAGAGUUCCUUCUUCGUCCUUUCCUAGGGAGAGAGUCCACCCUUCCUUAUGUGAAAGAAAGCCUCCAUCUCCUCACAUAAACUCAGCCAAUGAGUUUCUAUAUUCACAAAGCUUUUCAUUAUCAAGGGAAUCUACAUUACAAUAUCAUUCAGGAAUGGGGACUGUGGAAAACUGGACUGAUGGAUGACUGACAAUGUUGAGGUCAUGACACACCAGUUAGGUUUCAUCAUUAUGAUGUGUUUUAUGUUAAUACCUGUGGGUAUACUGGACUUUAGUGAGUCCUUCAUUAAUACAGACAAGCUGCAAAUAACCCAAGCAGGUAUCUUUUUUCUUGCCUACCGUGUACCAAAUAUUGGACAGACUGGCAAACACAGACAACUCAUAAAGUAGAAAAUGCAAACAAAUGUGUAGAUUUUUAAAUAAAAUACAAUGUGGGGAAUCACUACAACCUUUGCAUGCUGAAUAGCUAUUUAUACGUAUAUAUAUGUGUACAUAUAUAUAUAUAAAAGGUAUAUAGAUAUAUCUAUCACAAAUGCAGGCCACAUGUCCAAGCUUUGCUUUUACAGAUGCGAUGCUUAAUAAAAAUGAAUGUUACCAAAGUUCUGAAAUAUACAACUAUUUAAGAUAUUUUAUUUUUCAGUUCACGUGCUGAUGUAAAAAUUGAGCAAUGGUUACAUAAGAAGAUAAGCUUUUAUAUCCAUCAGAAGACAUUUAAUUAGAAAAUCAAGCUAAAUCCAAAAGAUGUGGAAUUUUUUCUUGUUACAUAGCAUGGGUAUUUUAUUUACAUGUAAGAAUAUAAAAGACGUUUUACUUAUUAUUCAAAGCCUUCGGUUGCUUUUCACUAAUCUUUAUUAAUGUGUGAGUUAUAAAUAUUUUUCCUUUGACAACAGCUUUAGAUCAUCUUCAUAUUCCUCAUCCUGUACAUCUAUAAAUCUUCUACUUUCCCAGAAUAUCAUUAACGUCAGACAUUUUCCCAGCCUGGAAUUACUUUUUUCUACAUUUGUUAGAAUUUGCUCUAUCUAUAGCUGAAUGAGACAUUCUAGCCCGUGUUAUCAUUUGAUGAUAAGUAAAAGCACUAGUACAGUCAUUUGCAUUGUGUGAUAUAAUGAAAACCUGUUGCAUUUGCUCAGCAGAUCAGGAUGCCUAAUGCUGUGGAUCGAGAGGAACUUUGCUUACAUUCAACUACUAAAAUAUUAUUACAGGGAGCAAAAAAAUAAAAUCAAAUUUACUAAAAUGAAAAACAUACAGCACAAAUGUUUGUUCCAUUAAAUCUUUUUUUAUGAGA